GGAGAGAGAGCAUGUGUGUAUGUGUGUGAAAGAGACCAAGCUGAUCUAGUGGCCCAUUAUCCAUUCAAGGCAAAACUGCCCGGAUUUUGUGUUACCUUUUAAUGAAACUGCGAUGCUACAUCAGACCAAGGUUGGUCUCUCAGUGGAUAAAGGCUUGUUAUUUGGAUGGGGCUAGGUGAGACUGAAAAAAAUUUACAUAUCACCUGGAACACGGGGCGAUAUUCACUACCAUUCACUACUUUGGUGGUUUUCAGGAAAGGGGCAUGGAGGAGGAGAAAGAGCAACAGCCACAACAAGGAGAAGGAAGAGACCGGGGAGAACCAGCUGGACAACCCGGAAAAUAAACCUCCUUCCACGCUUAGACACAUACCUACUAGAUGCCUGAGGGCAUUCGCAGAGUCCCGUCAACUCGAAAGCAAAGGGAAAAAUGCACAUGCAGCCACGGCUGUAGAGUACGGUAGUUUGACGGGAAGUCACUUUCCAUCUAGGGAUACGACCGACGCUCAUGACCAUCUAGAUACUCAUACUCUUGAUGUCUGUCACCCUGCUCAGAAACUCAGUUAUGAAGUAGCUUACUCUGGAUAUUUCUAUCUAUCUCUUUCUAUAUCUUUACAUCCAUCUACAAUUGGUUUUGUAAAGGACUGACCCAGUCCUGAUCCAACCACGUAAAAAGACGC